GACGGUCAUCCGGAUCGACUCGCGGCCAAGGUCGAUCGUCAAUGACAACUUCUGCUCGCGUGUUUUCCGGCGGGUGGCGAAAAAUUGGAAUUUUUCAGUUCGAUCUCGCUCGUCGAAAAUUCGUGAAAGUAAAAAGUUUGUGAACUCGAACGGAGUAUGCGAGGAUAUUACUCAGUGUGAUUGUAUGAUAGAAGAUGAAACAAAUCUGGAGAAUUAUGGAUGAUCGAUACUGAUGAGUGAUUCAUACGAAUAACAUGGGAUUCACGGCGGUGGUGCGUUGGUGUUUUUCGAGAAACUUUGGGAAACUUCUGGUCGGGAGAUUCUGUUUGAGGAGUUUUCGGAGAGAUUGAGAUCGAGCAGUAUUGGAAAACUGUUUCAGAACGAAUGACGUCGUUGAAGAGAAGCACGACGAAGAGGAAAGCUCCGGCGAGCUUGAAAGAAAUACAUAUGCCAAUCGUGUUGUAGUUUCGUUCCACAGCUGAAAAAUGUCCUGCCUGGGAAUGUCCUGUUACGAAGAUGGCUUCCGAUUGGCUGGCCCCGCGUCGGAAUGCUCCCUCAGGAGCAAGGCUCGCAUCGAUGCACUUUUCGAGGACUCGAGGUCGAUUUACGGGUCGAAUUUUGGCGGUUGGUACGGAGGGGUGUCGACCAUGAACUCGAAUCAUUUGGAAGAGAUGGGCGCAGACGAGCAAAGGAGGGUGAACAGCGCGGUGCAGGCGAGGAUCGAGGCGAUGUUCGCUUCCGUGGAAGCCGAAAGCGGAACACCUGGUGAAUGCGCCGCUGCGAUUUUACCGGUGAAAUAUAUGGGCGCAGCUCCCGUUGGUGGUCGCGUGGCGAGCGUUCGUGGUCUCCAAGAACCACUGCGCCAACUGCUCGAGAGAAUCGAUGGCUCGGUGCGGGCGGAACUCGAGGUCUCCAGGCGAGGGUUGACUUUCCGCGCGCCCGACAUCACCGAGAAGAACAACCCGUUCCGCAGGAUCGCCGUGUGGAGCGCGUUGAGGCUUCGCAGUAAACCCACGCCAUCGGGAGAGCUGCAUCACGCUUUCUUGCCGUUGGUCGGCGAUCACGAACAGAGCCAGGCAGGCGAGGAGAAGCACGCAGGCUUAUACAGAACGAUGCGUGGUCUGAAAACGAUAGCAGACCACUAUCCGCCGAUAUUUGCGGUAGUGAUGCGACGACCAGGGGCCGCCAGAUUACUGGAAUGUCACGCAUUCGGCUGUGAAACGGAAGAAGACGCAGUGGCCGCUGCGGCAACCCUUUAUCGAGCGCUCGUGGCCGAUCUGGACGCGAAUCGACGUCGACCAAGGCACGCAAACGGCGUUGGUUGCAUGAGCCUGGCCUCCGUAGCUUCCAGCGCCAGAGAGCCCAGUCCAAGUAGCAGACUCGGCAUCAGAAUGAACGUGUUACAGUCAGAGGCUGUUAGAUUAACUCCUCAGCAUCCUGUGAGACCUCCAAGAACAAAGAAAACCUCCGUGUCCAGCUCGGUGACGGAGGACGAAACGGGGAAGUCGGAAUUGCAGAAGGCUCCUAGAAGAAAGAAGAAGAACUCCGACGUGAAGGCAGAAGACAUUCUGGAGGCUCGAGGAAGAAGAAGGGAGGCUGUUCCAAAGGAGAAGGCGAGCCAAAAUGUCACCUCCAUUCAAAAGACUCUCGACUCGAGUGUUUCGAAGAAGGAAGAACGCGAGAAUAUAAAAAACAAAACGUUUGGCAGUAAAAAUGAACUGGAUGCGCCUGAAAAGAUCGAGACUGGGAAUUCUAGUAGCUCCGCGAGUAAGAUUUACGACGUUGGCGCUAGUGGACUUUACGAGACAGUCUCGAAUAAAUACGAAAAGCUUCCGAUAAUUGGCAGAGCGGGGAAGGAUGCAGAGAAACGGAAUAAAGAAUCGGAAGACGCGAGAGAGAAGAUUUAUGACAAGUCUUAUGGUUCUUACAACUUGAACAACCCUCAAGUGUCCUCGAGAGACACGCCUAAAAGUCAAGAAACACGGUCUACGAGAUCGGACGUUCUGACGUACGACAGGAUUGAGAAGCCAGCUUGCAAGAGCGAGGAAAACUCAUUGUACGAGCGAGCAUUUAAGAGAAACAGCAAGGAGGAGAGACUGUACGAAGACCACUUCAAAGACGUUGACAAGAUAUACAGCGUUGCUCAAGAGGAAAUUUACAACGGCAGAGGGGAGAAAUUAGCGGCGGGGAAGAUAAAGAGCUCGCAAGAAGACAUAUUCUUCGGCAGGUCUUGCAAUAACGAGGUUUAUCAGUCGAGUCGGGAGAAUCGCGAGGAUUCAGUGCCAAUGGAACGAAGAAGGCCAAAGGACCCAGAACGGGCAACGACUGGGAAACGAGUGAGCAGAGUGGUUACCAUGGACAAACCUUUGAAGAAGCAACUGAGCGAUUCUACGUCGAAUUUGAAUUUAACAGAGUUUAAUCAGCCGAGAGUUAGGAAGAGAAGCAGAGCUGGAAGCGAGCCGCCUGUUAGUAGAUCUGAAGAUGCUGUGAAAGCACUUCAGGAGACAAAGUUGAAGAGAUCUCAGAGCGACGUAGACGUAGAUCGGGGAGAUUUGAUGACCAGGGUCGAAUUGCCCAGGAGAGGAAGCUUUCUGAAGCCUGGAAGCGCUAGGAGACCCAACAGUGUCAAAGGGGGCACUCCGCUGGGGUUCACGGAACUUUUUGACGAAUUUAGGAACCAGGAGGGUUUGACCAGCGUUGACGACAUCUUGGCUGCUAUUAUUGACCCCGAAGGGAUGUCUUUCAACGACUUGAAACCCCUGUACAAAGAGUUCUUGUUAAAAUUGGCGGCGACACUGACUCAGGAUGAACUGUAUCAGAGAUCGGCGAGCAUAAUGAGGAGACGUCGAAGGCCCCAACGAAGACGAUCCAGCCGACGUACGUGCUUGCUUGGCAGGGCUAUUAAGAGGUCUGUGUCGAGGUUAAAGGGUGGACCCACGGAAUUUACUUCCGUGAUCUUCCCGGCGAGACGACUGAACGAUAGUUUUGGUAGUAGUUCUUCUUGCGAUGCCAGAAACAACCACAGGAAUCGUAUGCUGGCCAAUAAAAUGGGCAAGAGGAGAUCUUCUUGGAGAGCGAACAAACACGGCGUUUGUCACACCACCUCCGAAGACAGUGACACUUGCAGAAGACUGAACAGAAGUGCAGGAGCGGCGGCGAACAGAAGCAGCAGCGGUUACGUGAGCUGCAGCGAGUGUAGCUACGAUUCAGAGUCGUGCACUUGCGUGUCAGCGGACAAGUGUUACUGCUCGUUAUCGAGGAGGAUCCCGACGGAACUUCACGUGCCUCCAAACACGGUGGUAUGUGCUUGCGACACCGACAGCUGCUCCGAAAGCAAUAAGUGUUACUGUGCCCGACAGCCCAAUCGCCCGACCAUACUCGAGCAGUUAAGACAAAGAGGCAUCGUGCCCUCGGAGAGCACCCUCAGUCGAGCCGGAAGUCCAGACAGAGUGACCAAAACUGGCAGAUGUCGGACACCUUUCCAAGGUUUGGACGUGCCGAAGAAGCAGUCGUCGUCAAGCUACGGCAGUUCGAACAACCUCGCCCUAGAUUAUGACCUGUUCAAUCCAGGACGAAAGUCUCAACAGUCUUCAGACAGCGAAAAGGUGCUGGUCGUUAGCGCCAGGGAUACACAGGGCCGUUUAGUAUACGUCGGUGGCGCUGACAGAGACAAGAAAUGCCUUUCCCAUUGUUCCAGUCGAUCUGGAGCACAUCACGAAGCCCUUUCGAUUAAGAAGAGCGCUGAAAUCGCGGCAAUUUUCGGAGCCGAUUGGAAUAGAAUCAGUAGGCGAGCUAGCAAUGCUUCCAGCAUUAAAAGUUCCAUCAGUCUGGAGGCUGGAUUAGGGUAUUUACCGUAAUGAUCAUUUUUUUUUUUAUAAUUCCUCGUCUUAUCUGAUCCGAUCCGGUUCGUCGACUUAAUUUUAAUUGCUCAUUAUCAGGCAUUUCGCAUGUUAAUAUCUUUCCCAAAAAAAUGUAAAAGUUAGAAAUCUCUCGGUCAGAGCUUGUUAGAUGUUAUACAUAUAUAUAAUAUAUAUAAAUAAGAGCUUAUUUUUUUAUUUGUACUUAAAAAACGACAGCAUUUAGUAAAAGGAUGUAAAUACACAUUUAUUCUCAAAGAAAACAUUCAGAAAUACAUAAAACACGUCGAACUAUUUCUUUUUUUACAAUGCCGUAAAUAUUAGUGAUAACAGUGUGGUUUCUAUUUUUAUACUUAGAAUGUUUGUCUGGUACUUGAACAGUCGCACUUUUAACGUUCAGUUACUGUUUAAUUAAUCGUAGCUCAUUGGCACAAAAAAUCAAGGUAUCAAUAUCAACGCGUGUAUUAAUUAAUAACGGUACUGUUAUUUCCAUGGUUCGCAGAAACAUGUCAAAAAUGUACCAGACUCUCCUGUAACGGUAACAUAUUUCUGCGAGACUGAUUUGAUCUCAGCAAAAGUGGUUCUGAGUCGGGCAUGCUAAAGUUGCUAUUCGCGCUAAAGACAUUAUGAAAAGAGAAAGAACAGAAGCAAAAAAUAUUCAAUACCGUUAUUCUAUUAACAUACAUGAAUAUUGCAAGUAUAUCAUCAUCACUUGUAAACUUCUUCCCUUUUAUUUUCGUAUUUUUAAUAAUUAUAGAUAAAAGUAAAUCUACUGAGAUUAAAAAAAAAUUGUUUUAUUCAUCUUUUUGACUGUUAUUUGUAUGUAUAUUAAUUGGCAAUAAUUUAGCAUAAGUUUGUGAGAUUCCUGAUUGAAUGUGAUCAUUAUUCGUUUGUAUUUUUAUCAUUCCUAUGUUGCUACACAGAACCUGAUAACUUAACUAAAGAUAACUUAACAAACGAACUAAGGGAACAGUGUAAUCGAGAUCACGCGUAAUCUCAUUUCUCUCGAAAUAUAUUGUCGUUUUGUUACAUUAUGUAAUACAUCUCUCGUGCAGUGUAUAUAAAAUAUGAAUUCGUAUUGUGCACUUCAUCAUUUACUGUUAGUAAAGUCUUAAUUCAUUUUAUUAAA